AUGGCCGUUCUUCUCUUGCCGGUCGUUUCGUUCACCACGAAGCAAAAUCAGCAGAGGUUUCUUUCACUUCUCAAAAAAGUGGCAGAAGACGCCUGGCAACGAGAACCUGAAUGUCUUGGAUACUGUUGGUUGACUCCUGAAUCGCCAGCGGAUGUGCGAGUACGCGGAUUCGAGAUGUAUUCCGACGAAGAGGCGCUGACGGUCACCCAUCGAGCGGGCUCGGCAUAUCAGACCUUUAAAGAGGCACUUACGAACGAACGACUUGCACCAGGCCCUUCCUCAGAUGAUUUGAAAGUCUGGCACCCUGUAGACUGGGCAUCUUGGCUGGGGUCGAAUGAAUUGAGCAUGGUCAAUGGCAAAAAUGGUCUAUUAUCCUUUCUGGUGGCCAAGUACACACUCAAAGAUUUGCAGAGUCGAACUGCUCUUCUAAGGACCUUGAAGAGGGAUCUCGAUGGUCGUCAAUCCGAAUGGCCUAUGAGAAUCGUGGCCACGGCGGAAGACUGUCACGAUGUUGUGCGGAUUGAGAUCUGGACUACAUCGAAGUCGCCUUCUCAUGUCGAGAUUCAGAGACUGGAGGAGUCCAGGGCACGAGAACUCGGUGGAUCUGUAGCCUUUGACAUAUGGAAAUCAUCUUCGGUCAAAUGCGACAGCAAACGGCCUCGGUGCGGUCCGUGUAGAACACUUGAUGAAAAUUGUGUCUAUGGAGAUGACAGACGACAAAAUCCUCGUGCCAGCAGGGACUCUAUUGCGACAGUCGUCAGCAAGCUUGAGGCUCUCGAAAGCGUUCUCAAAGGUCUUGACAGAAGAUUUGUCGCCAAUCAUGACGGAUCCGACCAAACUCAGUCUGACCAAAGCACGACCACGGUCAUACAGAGCUCCGGUCGGGCUUUAAGCGAAAAUGUCAAUAUAGCAGCUCCACUAGCGUCACCGCAGGAAGAGCAAUACACUGUACGGCUAGAGAGAGAAAGCUGUAGUCGCAGAACGGAUGCGGUGGUUUCGCACACCCAGCGUGCCAGGGAAGAUGAUGAUAUUGAAGCAGUCCGUUCCCAAGGUGACUCAAUAUCACCACAAGUGACAAAUUUCAUGGUCGACGAUGAAGGAUCAAUAUCUGCACACGGCCCUUCAUCUGCUUACCACUACCAAGAAGAAUCUCCCCGACACGUCGCCACGUCUCGACAUGACAGCCUUGCCGGACAUGAGUUGGUGAGGUCCUCUUCCCCAAACCACGAAACGAUCCGAUUACAACUGGUAGCGCACGCAGCUCUUGAGAGACAAAAGGAGUCCGCAGCCCUUUUGCAGGGCAAGUUUGAUUUUGACGGAGUGGACUCUGAUACGGCCCUGCAUCUGCUACAAAUCCAUUGGAAUAGACACCACCAGAUGUUUUUGCUGACUUAUCGGCCGCUGGUCAUGCAGAACGUGGCCGAGGAUGGACCAUACGCCAACAAGCUCUUAUGGAAUGCCGUCUUUUAUGCGUCGGCUCUGCACAGCGCCCGGCCCCACAUCAUUAGAAGCAGUCCAGGACAUGAGAGUCUCAAGGACAGAUUUUAUCGCCGUUUCAAGCUGCUGCUGUCCGACGCUCUUGAGCAAUCCGCCGUGCCCACGAUUGCCGCUCUUCUUUUGAUGGGUUCCAGCCUCGUGUCAAGUGGAUCUCAAGCGGCCGGUUGGAAUUACUGUGGCCUUGCGUACCGCAUGAUCAUUGACCUGGGAAUGCAUCUCGACUCCCAUAAGACACAAACUUCUCAACCCUUGUCGUCCCAAAAGACGAUUAAGUUCACCGAAGCUGAGCUGGAAAUGCACAGACGAAUAUUCUACGGCGCCUACAUUGUCGACAAGUUCCAGUCCCUCUACUUUGGGAGGCCCCCCGCCCUCCCCAUGAUAGGAACAGAGCCGCCCCAAAUCUUUUUAGACACGUACGAAGAAUUCGAGCUCUGGUAUCCUUACUCAGACUCUCUUUCGCCCGCUGCCGAGUCUAGACCAUUUGUCGCUCGGCCAUCAUACGUUGUAUCCACCUUCCAGGCUCUCCUCAAGCUCGCCGAGAUCACCAACGAUAUUAUCGCGAAGUUCUACAUGCCAUCCGCUAGCCGGAUGACCCGCGACGGGGCGACUGCGUGUCUCAAGAAUUUGCGCAAGAGCCUUGACGACUGGCUGGCAGCUCUUCCCGAAUGUCUGCACUUUCAGCCUCCGCAAGAUCCAACUCCACCACCGCACCAAGUUACCCUCCACACCACAUUUCAUACACUCAAGAUUCUCGUCCAUCGGCCUUUCCUCCCAGAAGGACACUUGAACCCUGUCAGCAUCGAAGGAGUGUCGUUCAGCGAAACUUGCCUCGUCUCUGCUCGCCAGAUUUGCACUUUGGCCAAGGCCUAUGAAGAGGCAUUCAGCCUGGGUCACGCGCCUUAUCUGUUCUCUUACGCCUUAUUCUCUGCCGCAACUGUCGUGACAAGGCACGAAAGUGACCGGGAAAUGAUGACUUACCUCUGGAAGGCGUUGACCCGAAUCCAACGGGGGGCAAAUUUUGGACUUCUAAAACCACUCAGGAUUAUCCGUGAUCUUAUGGAACGAGUCGGAGUCGAUGUACGGACCAUGUCCACGGCUGCACAGCAUCUAAGUCAGCUCCAACCUAAAGAAGGAGGUGUUGCGGAGGCUACUCUAAAUCUUGAUGAGAACGCCUUCAACGGUUCCUCGAUUGGGAAUCUUGACCCGAAUUGGCUUGAAGAUCUCAACUCAUGGCAAACUCCGUGGGAGGAUAGUAUGCAAUGGCUGCAUAACUCUGCAUAUAUGGAAGAUUCUAGGAUGUUGUAUGGUCUGUUUGAAUCUGGUGAUUGA